CUCAACGCAACAACUUGCCUUCUCCGAUCCGUUUGCGUUCCGACAAAAUGAAGUUCAUCGCCACCGUCGCCGCUGCUGCCGCUGCCUGCGCUCUCACGGUCUCCGCUGACGUUUCCACUGGUCCCGUGUGGGGCUACCGUGCCAACGACGCCAGCAUGGUGAACACCGACAAGUGGGCCGAUAGCUGGGCUGCCUGCGGUGGCAAGCGUCAGUCGCCCAUUGACAUCGUCACGUCAGCCAAGCCUGGCAAGGGUAAGGCGAACCCGCUCAGCUUCACCGGACGCUGUCCCACGUACAACCUGACUGCGCCCGCCGAGCCUCUGGAGGUCGACGUUGUUGGAGGCAACUGUGCUGUCUCGGUUAGCGAUGCCUCGUUCAACUUGGCCCAAUUCCACCUGCACGCUCCCUCGGAGCACACUCUGAACGGCAAGCCUCUCGACGGUGAAAUCCACUUCGUGCACGCGUCUGCCGAUGGCAAGGCUCUUCUGGUGGUGGGUAUCUUCCUUGAGGUCGGCCCCAAGUCGGACCCGUGGCUGGGCCCUGUGCUUGACGCUCUUGAGCACGUCAACUCGACUGACGAACGCUCUGCUGCAGUUGUGGUGCAACUGAAAUCGUACUCAACGAUGGUUCGUCAGGCGUGCAGAACCGGAGGCAUCUACAACUACCCUGGCAGUCUUACGACGCCUGGCUGCGGUGAAAAUGCCGACUGGUGGGUCGUACAGAACACGAUCAAGAUCUCGUCGGUCGACUUCGGCCGUCUUCACCAGGACCUGGUUGAGUACCACAUCACGGACAACGGCAACAACGCUCGCCCGGUUCAGCCUCUAAACGGCCAUCUCGACUGUAGUGAAACCAAUUUGAUAGGCAAAGGCCUCGGUGCUGCCGCACGCAAUGGCUUUCCAAGCGAGAUGGAGAGGACUAAAGAAGGCCGUAUAGCACCGAAGAAGCCUACCGGAUGGUUAGUCGACUUCGCGUACCUAAAACCUGGGAAUCCCAAGACAGACAAGCGCGGAGAGGACUUUCUUAUCAAAGAAAAGGAACUAAUGCGGUUUCUCGACAAAGCUGACCUCGACAUUCGUAACGCAUGUGGUGGUAAUCAGCAGCAAGACACAUCAGCCGAUGCCGAGCUCAUGUUUUCAAAAGGACGUGGCACGUUAAGAUGGAGCUCCGACAACGACAGUGUCAACAGCCCCUGGCGUAAUGGUGCCCUUCUACCGAAGACCGCUCAGAAGAGAAACAUCCGUGGGCGUGUGCCGGCGAAGGAGUCACUGAACGCGGAAGUGUGUGAAGAGGGAGCAGCAAGCCCAGCGACGCACCAACGGACGAUAUAUCACCUCAGUAAGAACGUGCGCGAGCGUCCGAGACCUCUAGCCAUCAAGCUAUUUAUGCGACGCUUCUGGCUAUGGCGUGUCGGCAUUCACUGA